AUGACCCUGAGGGUGCCGACCGCGCGAGUGCCACCAGCGGCGUUGAAGAUGGCGGUGAUUCCGGCGAGCGCGACACGUUUGUCGACGGCGAGAGUGGAGACGAGUAUGAGGAUGUUCCUCCUGCCGCCGGUCGGGAGCAGCAGGGGCGUUGGGCCGAUGAGGAGGAACCCGAAGAUGAGGAGCCCGAGGUGGUAGCAUGCCUGCUGUCCGACACGAACCCAACGUUGGUAGCGAGGGUAGUGCCCGCCCGAACCUCCGGCGUGACAACAGCAUACCAUCUAGUUUUGCUUCACAGCAGUCACCUAUCCCGUCUCAGCAAUUAGUAAACGAUUUUUCUCCGCAAUCCGUAGAGACCCCACGAGAAAUCGACAACACCAGCAGGACUAGCGACCCUCUAGUGAUGUCGAAUGCCUCACCUACACACUCUACUGUGCGCGCUGAUGAACACCCGUCAGCGCACACUGCGGGUACGAAUGCUCGUUUCGUCUUAACCC